GUUGCAUCGUACCAAGCCAUUUUUUUCCCUUCAGACGAUCGCUUGCCCCACCUCGUUACGCUUAACACAACGCUGCUCCAUGUUGGUGGUAUGCCAGCCGUUGCGGAGCCGUUUAGAUGCGGGAGAAUGCCGCGCCCCGAGAUUUUCAUGGAUUAUAUCGGAGACGGGAUGGGUGCGCUGCCAUGGGCUUACAAGGUUAUCGACAUCCUCGACGGCAUGUCCCAAGGCUUUACGACACCCUAUAUUUUGUUCUACCCGGUCGUGUCUCGCGACCACAUGCCUUUCCCCCUCAACCAAUACGUCAGCGGGGUACAGGGCCGCGACUUCUUUGAGGAAGCCAGGGCAUGGAGGGGCAACCUCGUGAUCGCGAAGUACUCCGACAUGAAGUACUCCGCCAUGACCAACGCCUCCAUGGCUGACUUCCCCAUUGUGAAGAACUGGCUCAAGACGCAUC